UCUCCCCCCUUCUUCCUAUCUAUCUCAAAAGGCAAUGGGUUGUUGUGGUCAGAACAACAUCAGAACCUCCUCUCCUCCUCCUCCAAACCCUACCAAGCUCAAAUCAGAAUUUAUCCUGCAAAUUCCAAAUGCCAAAGUCACCCUCGCCGGCGAUCCAGAAGCUGCCAUCGAGCUCAGCCAAGGAGAUCUUUCUGUAUUUCAUUUAACUGAAGAUAGUGUUCCUUUAGCUACUGUCAUAAAAGUUGGUAAUCUCAGUUGGCCAUUAACAAAAGAUGAACCAGUUGUUAGACUCGACAAGCUUCACUACCUUUUCACAAUACCAGAUGAAGAAGCUGGUUUCUUCAACUAUGGAGUCUCCUUCACUGCUGCUGCCGAGAAUCACCUGGCUUCUUUUGAUCAGUUUCUCAAGGAGAAUUCUUGCUUCUCGCCUAUUACUACUACUUCUCCUGCUGCAAAGAUUAAUGACUUGUACUGGAAGGAUUAUGCUCCAAAUAUUGAGGAUUAUAAUGGAGUUCUAGCAAAGGCUAUUGCUCGAGGGACUGGAGAGAUAGUCAAAGGUAUUUUUAAGUUGAGCAAUGAAUACAGUAACCAGGUACAAAAGGGAGCCAGCUUAAUCAAACCUCAAACUGGAGAGAGGAAGAAUAAUAAUGGUGCCUCUGUGGAUGGAAGCAGGAAGCCUGGAGGAAUCAACAAUACUCUUAAACGGGCAAGGAAGCUGUCAAUGAUGACUGAAAAGCUGAGCCAGACUUUGCUCAAUGGCGUGCUUGCUAUGACUGGAAAUGUGGCUGCCCCGUUGGUUCAGUCAAAAGCAGGAAAAUCUCUCUUCGCUACAGUGCCUGGAGAAGUUCUAUUAGCCUCACUGGAUGCUCUCAGCAAAGUUCUGGAUGCAGCUGAAUUUGCUGAGAAAAGAGCUUUUGCAGCGACUUCUGGUGCUGUUACACAAGCAGUGUCUAAAAGAUUGGGCGAAAGUGCCGGAGAAACAACAGACGAUGUGUUGGCCACAGCAGGACAUGCCAUUGGAACGGCAUGGAAUGUCUUCAAGAUUAGGAAAGCUAUCAAUCCUAAAGCUUCAGUUACAUCAAACAUUAUAAAUAAUGCAGCAAGGAAGAAAUCCAAAUGAUUGAAGAAAAAUAUUGAUUUUAAAAAGGAAAUGUAUAAUUUCCUCACAAACUUAUGUGGCUGGUGAUCUCAAAAGAGAAAUACUUGUAAUUUCUUUGAUGGUCUAGUUAACUUGGUAUAAAUAAAACAAAAAAAGUCAUCCAUAGUAAGAGAUGCGCCAUUGUCAGUUUUUUUUUUUUUCAAAAAUAAUAAUAAACCAACUAAUUUUAAUUUUGUUA